AAUCAAUAACAAAGAUUUAUACAAUUUCUGAUAUGUUGAAAGAUUUUCAAUAUGAUCGGUGGAGAUAACGAAAAUGUCUGAAAUGUAGCCCGAUCACCGCUUCUUCUGACGCGUCUCUCUAGAUUUGCGACGAAUCAGCCAAUUUUUUUGGAUCAGCAAUCGAUCAACACAAUCGCACUCUCAGAACAAAUUCCAGGUGAAUAAUGAAGGCUUCUCUAAUUUUCUUCUUGCUUGCGUGCACUUCAGUCUACGCGAUGUCGGAUGAAGAUGUAACUGAGUUACAGAUUGAUGUUACGAGUAGGCCAUCAUCUUGUGAUAUUGAAACUCGUAAAGGAGAUAAAAUCAAAGUUCAUUAUCGUGGGAUGUUCACAGAUGGGACUGUUUUUGACUCUAGUUUUGAAAGGGGUGUCCCAUUUGAGUUUCAGCUUGGCGCUGGUAAAGUAAUUAAAGGAUGGGACCAAGGAUUACUAGGAAUGUGCGUUGGUGAGAAACGGAAAUUGACCAUUCCUUCAAAGUUAGGAUAUGGACCGCACGGCGUUCCACCAACCAUACCAGGUGGUGUAACACUUGUCUUUGACACUGAGCUUGUUGCUAUUAAUGGGAAACCAUCAAGUGGUGGAAACUCAGUCAAGGAAGAGAGUGAUGAUCUAUAAGUGAAACCACCUAUUCUACCAUUGGAGCCCCUUCGGUUGAGAUGCUUAUCAAUCUUCUCCAACUUUAGUUUCUUCCAUUUUUCAUACUCUUUUCACUUUCUACUUUUCCUUAUAGCUACUUUAGAGUACGAGUUUUCGAUUUAUUUGCCUCUCGUUUAAGUUUUGAUGAGAUGCUAAUUUACGAUAUUUAUUUUGAAUUCUUAGAAUUAAUGAAGAGCAACUCUCGAUUUAUUUG